AUGGCUGGUACAAUUGAAAAGUUUAUAACAAGGGGCAAUAAUACAGUAAGUUCGGGUUCAAAGUCCGUUGAGAAUUCGAUGAACACUGAUUUUUCAGUUGAGGCAGAAUCUGAUUUAAAUAUUGAGGAACAACAUGAAGAUCAAGUGAAUGAAGAACGUGAUAUCUUGGUGAACGAAGAACCUAACGAAGAACCUAGUCAAAACAAUGAUGAAAAUUCGAAUGAGGAUAAGCAAGAAGGUUGUGAAGCAGGGCCUUUGAACAUUUACGAUCCCGGAAAUUGGGAUAAGAUUGAUCACAGUCUGAGAAAUAUUUUGGUAGAAAGAGGGCCAAUAAGAAUAACAGAUGAUGAUGUCACUUUUCCUAAAGAUAGGAGUGGUAGACAUUUUUCUUGUACAUUUUAUGUCCGUGAUCUGUUAAAUGGGGAGAAACAAGAUAGAAAAUGGUUGGUAUAUUCCCUUGUUGAAGACAAAAUAUUCUGUUUUUGCUGUAAAUUGUUCAAGCAGGAUAAAGUCAUCUCUCGUCUAACUGCUGAAGGAUACAAGGAUUGGAGAAAUAUUGGUAAAAGACUUAAAAGUCACGAAACCAGCAGAGAACACCUUACAUGCAUGAGUAAAUGGAUUGAUUUGCAGAUGAGACUGAAAAAGUACGAGACAAUAGACAAGAGUUUGCAAGUGCAAAUCAAUAAAGAGAGAGAACAUUGGCGACAAGUAUUAUUGAGGAUAAUUGCUCUGGUGAAAACGCUUGCUAAUAAUAAUUUAGCAUUUCGUGGAGAUCAUGAGAAAAUUGAUCAAGAGAACAAUGGCAACUUUUUAAGCUUUAUUCAGAUGAUUGCAGAAUUUGAUCCAGUUAUGCAAGACCACCUCCGGCGUAUCACGGGUGGGUCGAUUCAUCCUCAUUACCUCAGUCACAAGAUUCAGAAUGAAUUGAUUCAGAUGUUAGCAGAUGAAACUAGGAGUGCAAUUGUGAAAAUCAUCAAAGAAGUGAAAUACUUCUCCGUAAUACUUGAUUGUACUCCUGAUAUUAGUCAUGAAGAACAAAUGACUUUGGUGGUUCGAUGCGUAGAUAUUUCAGCAGUGCCGGUAACAAUUAAAGAAUUUUUUGUGCAAUUUUUGAAAGUGGAUGACACAACAGGUUUGGGCCUUUUUAAUGUACUUAAUGAUGCAUUGAACACUCUUGAACUUGAUAUUGCCGACAUAAGAGGUCAAGGUUAUGAUAAUGGGGCUAACAUGAAAGGAAAACACAAAGGUGUUCAGAGAAGACUACUUGAAGUGAACCCGAGAGCGUUUUAUACACCAUGUGGUUGUCAUAGUUUAAAUCUUACACUUUGUGAUAUGGCCGGUUGUUGUACCAAAGCUGAAUCUUUUUUCGGAGUAGUGCAGCGUAUUUAUACUUUAUUUGCAUCCUCUACAAAGCGGUGGGAUAUUUUAAAACGUCAUGUUCAAGAGCUUACACUUAAGCCAUUGUCUCAAACUCGAUGGGAAAGCCGUGUUGAAAGUCUUAGAGCUAUUAGAUACCAAGCACCAAAAAUAAGAGAUGCAUUACUUGACUUGGCAAAUAGUAGAGAAGACGCCAAAACAAAGAGUGAAGCUAAUUCUUUGGUCACUCAUGAACUUGAGAAUUUUGAGUUCUUGUUUGGCAUGAUUAUCUGGCAUAAUGUGUUGUUUACUGUAAACGUUGUUAGCAAAAUUCUUCAAGCUGAAGAUAUGGAUACUGAUGUUGCUAUCAAACAACUUAAGGGAUUAAUUUCCUUUUUUGAGAAGUACAGAGAAAGUGGAUUUUCGGAGGCAAAGGCUGAAGCAAAUGAAAUUGCAAACGAGAUGGGAAUUGAUCCUGUAUUUUCUGAAAAACGCAUCAUUCAUAGAAGAAGACAUUUUGACGAGAGUUCUAGUGAAGAUGUGUUGCAAUCAACCGAAGAAUGCUUUAGAGUGAAGUACUUUCUCUAUGUGGUAGAUCAAGCGCUUCUGUCGCUCAAUACCAGAUUUGAACAACUUCAAAAAUAUGAUGAGAAAUUUGGUUUUUUGCUCGACUUCAAGAGACUAAAAUCGAUUGGUGAUGAGGCUUUAAAUACUUACUGUGUCAACCUUGGAGAGUAUUUGAAACACGACACUUGUGAUAUUGAUGGGAUGGAUUUAUGUAUGGAGUUAAAAAUCUUUAGAUAUAUUUUACCAGAAGAACUAAAAAGGCCGAUUGAAGUGUUGAAUUAUUUGCAGGUUAUAGGCGGUGGUUUUCCGAAUACAUGGAUUGCUUACCGGAUUUUGUUGACGAUUCCAGUUACUGUUGCAUCAGCUGAAAGGACAUUUUCAAAGUUAAAGUUGAUUAAGUCUUACCUCCGAUCAACCAUGUCGCAAGAAAGAUUAAACGGACUAGCGAUGUUGUCGAUUGAGAAGGAUAUGGUACGAAAGAUUGAUUAUUCGAGUGUUAUUAGUGAUUUUGCUUCAAAAAAUGCUAGAAGGGUAAUAUUUAAGUGA